AUGGCCGAGGGAGAUGAUUUCACAAUGUCAAGUUUGUCAACAAUGUCGGAAACGGAUUCACGUCCACAAACUGCACGCCAGGAUUCGGAAAGCGAGGCAUUCAACUUCCAUAACAUGGGGAACCAUAUGGCAGAUAGGAGUGAUAAUGAUGAUUCAAUGUCUAUGAAUUCGCAGGCUUUUGAGGAGAAUAAUCGAAUGCAAUCUCCCGACCCUCGGAAUUUACCUACUCUAUCCCCUCCAGCUGAUAGCAGUAUACUUUAUGCUCAUAGCGAUAAUGGGGAUAAUCGAAGUGACGGUCUGCUGAGUGCUAUGGAUGCAAGAGCAAUGGAGCAACAUCUGGAUAAUGUCGAAUCGAGUUUUCUUCCGACGGUUUCACCAAUCGGCAAACAUGGCAAGGCUGGUGCUGAUGAUACUUAUUUAUUUGAUGCGAAUCGGAAUGGGGAAAGGUCCCCGGCACUCGAAACACAAACGCCGAAGAAGAACAUUAAUAGCAGUGAGAGUGAGGGUUCCGGUUCACCCCCUACACCAGAUGGUGCAUAUAAAACUCCUGGCCCUGCCCCUCGAUACGCUGUGCAAGUUGAAAAUGAUGAUUCGGAACAAAGUGGGAACACGACCUCUGCUCUCGAAACGCUUUCAUCUCCAACAGCUGCCGCCGCUGCAAGAACUAUAUCACGAGCAAUGUCAGUGGCAAGUAUGGGAGAAAAUUUCGAAACCGCAUCACAAUCAAUCUCUCAAUCAAAAGCACAAUCAGAUGAGGAGGACAUGGAAGCUACACCAACAAGAUCCAGCCAAAAUUUACGAGCAUUUUCCGAAUCAACGAACGAUAGUUCAAGCCCGAACCACGAAUCAUCGACUCGAAGCAUAAAUCAGAGUCUAGCCGUCGAUGCCGGUGCGACUCUUGGAGCUGCACUCUCCGCAAGCAAUAAUUCUAGACCUAAAUUUCUGCGAAGUCGGCAUUCAAGUCAGAGAUCUUCUGUCUCUUCUUUCAUUACGAAUCCUGAACAUAAUGACGAUCGAAGCGACCUUACACCUGGUGCAGAUUAUGCUUUGCAGUCUGGAGGCGCGGUUCCUUCGGCAGGAUUAUCGCGAAGUGGUAGUAUGACGUUAUCCAGGACUAUAAGUUUGGGAAGUAUGGCUUCAGGUAUAGAUGAGACGGGUGACUCAUUCGGAAGAGUUGAAGGACCGCUAGCGACCUUAGCUGAGGAAGAUAUGAAUCGUGGGAGGACUGAACAUCAAACGAAUUCCGCCCCCGAAACACCUCGAGCAGCUAGUCGACCUAUGGACCCACCCACCGAUACAAUCAUUGCACGACACGUUCGCAAUGUUCAAGUACCCGAAUCAAUGGCCAAAGACUUUCGUACCAAACAUGGUGUACAUACACCCAGCAAGUCGGCGAGUUUUGCUGCAUCCGCCGUAGCUCAUCGAAAUGGAAAGAAUCUCACAUUAAAAGAACAAAGUAGCACAAUCGAAAGAUUAUCCAAGGAGAAUUUCGAUUUGAAAUUAAAAGUCAUGUUUCUCAGCGAUAGAUUAGACAAGCUCUCCGAAGAAGGUGUUAAAGAAAUGAUAUCCGAGAAUGUUGAGCUCAAGACAGGUUUGGCGGUUAUGCAGAGAGAUAAUAAAGCUCUUCGCAAAAAGGUCAAGGACCUAGAGAAACAACUUAAGGAUGAUGAGGACCGACCAUCCACAGCUCGAUCGGGUACAUCUACGGAAGGAAGUCAAAGAUGGUACCAAGAAGGAGCUUUCGAACGGGAGGAGGAGCUUCUUUACCUACGAGAAAAGGUUGAGGAAUAUUUAACGGAAAUCGAGAGGUUGAGAAAUGAAAGCCUUGUUCGGGAAAAUGAAAAGAGGAAUCUCGCUGAUCUAGUUCGUACCAUGGGUGAAAGACGAGGUCAAAAUAUCGAAACACGAGAAGAAAUGGAUGUUUGGAAAGAUCUUCUUGAGCAAGAAACUGCCCGUAGAGAGCAGAGUGAUGACGAGAUAAAAGUUCUUCGAGAAGAGAUCUUCCGAUUGAAAUCAGAGGCGACAGCUGGAGGGCAUGGAUUGAACCACACAACUAAUAUUUACAACAUAGCCAAAAAGCGUGUGGGAUCACCUUCAAGAUCAAAUUCCAAUAUGUCUGAUCGCGGGUUAGAUGAGAGGAAUGGUACAUAUAGUUCGGCAGGUACAUUGGUGGAGGAGAUCCGGCGAGAUAACGAACAGCUUCGACAUGAAAAUGCAGAGUUAAGACGGGAAGUUGGAGCACAAACAUCAAUGUUGACUUCACGGAAUCGCGAGAAAGAAAGGCUUUACCAAGAAAUUGAGGACUUGAAGCUUGGCCAGAGGAGAGGCGGUACCUCGGUGGCUGGGGAGAGCAUAUUUGAACGAUCAGCAUCGCGAGCACAUGAACGAUCGUCAUCCAGGACCAGUGCAGGUACACGACAGGCAAACAUGAGUGAGGCUGAACGUGAGGAAUUCGAGAAUAAGCAAGCCGAACUUCGAGAUAGAAUCAACAGUCUUAAGAUCCACAAUCAGGAUUUAACACGUGAACUCGAGUCUUGUAUAGAGGAUUUUGAGACGGCCGUUGAGCAAAAGAAGGAUGCUGUGGGUCUAGCUCAGGAGUUGCAAGAAGCUUUGGAUGUUGCCGAGAACGAUUUACUCACUAUGCAAGCUGACCGGGAUGAAGCCCUCCGAGGUCAAGAAGAAGCCGAGUUGAUGUUUGAAUCUUUACACAAAGAAGCUCAAGAAGAGCUUGAUGGGUUUGCUGCAGAGCAAGAAGAAGCUAAUGCAGAGAUUGAGCGUCUCCAGGCUGAGGUCGCUGAGGAGAAGGAGAAUUUCAAUGCUUUGCAGAACGAGAUGAGAGAAAUGAGUGAUAUUGUUGUUAGGUUGGAGGAUGAUCAUGAAAGGAAAUCCAAAAAGAUUCAAGAACUCGAAAGGGAAUUGGAUGAUGCCAAUAGGGAACUUGAGGAAAUUGAAAAGAAUUAUGUCGAAUCCAAUGAAAAGGUCAACCGGUUGAAUGUCCAGCAAGAAUCGAGUCAAAACGAGAUUGCAUUUCUUCGAGAAGAACAAGAUGGAGAUAAGAUUAAGAUUGGUGAUCUUGAGGCAGCCAUUCGGAAUUUGGAACAAAGUCUUCAGGAAGAACAAGAACGUGCUAGGGAACUUGAUGAACGCCUUGACGAGGAAAGACAUCAAAGAGAAGUUGUUGCUAAUCAAGAGAAGCAAGAGAUUCAACAAUUCGUCAAUGAUCUUAAUCGUGAAGCAACAACUGCCAAGGAUGAAGUCAGAAGAUUACGAAAGAGUCUCACCUCGAGAGAAGUGGAAGCUGCAGAGUGGAAGCAAAGACUUAUGGAACUUGAGAAUAAUCUCAGGGAAGCUCUUGGUGAUGUCAAUGGUACUAGGUCAAGUUUAUUGAAUGCUAUCGCCAAACUUCAAAGAGAGCACGAAAAGAAUGUUCGAGAUCUGGACACUGCCAAAGCUGCUCUUGCCGAAAAAGAACGUAUGAUCAAACAACGUGACGACCUCCUAGAAUCCCACGCACUCGAAUCCCGCAAAUUAGCAGAUAUGUUAGACAAAGAACGCCAAACACAUCGCCUUACCAAGAAUCAGUACGAAACAUCUCAAAAGACGUCAUCACACACCACUCGAACUCUUUCACAACAAGAAUCUCGUGUUCUGGAAUUAGAAGCAUCUCGUCAACAAGAUAGAAGAAAGAUAGCACAGCUAGAAAACAAUUUCAAGGAACAACUUACGGAGAGAAAUAAUUUGUUAUUAAACAUGUGGAGUAGGUUGGCCAGUCUUUGUGGAACAGACUGGUCUCACAAUAACUCACUUAUUAAUGGUCGUGCUUUACCAUCUUUAGAAGCAGUUUCGACAAUGUUUCCAGGUUUCUCAAAAAACCUUUUAGCAGCUGUUAAAACCAUUGAAACUCUAGUUGGAGAUUUCCGAGGUAGAGUCAAAGAUUUGGAUAGGAGACUCUGGAAAGAAUACUCAACCCUAGAGAAUAGAUUUGAGAUGCAAACGAAGAAGUUGGACAGAUUAGAGACGAUGGCAAGAUCUGCAGUUCCACUUAAUAGUAUGGACAGUAGAGCCGAAGUGGUCAAACUAAAAGAUUUAAACCGCAGUCUCAAAACGGAAAUUUCAAACCUCAAAGCAGCAAAUGGUGUUUAUGAACCCACUUCUCCCUUUCCAUCUGUACCUACAGGUCCGCGCCGACGAAUCGAUAAUUCGUUAUCCAGAUCCUCAACCAUGACGCGACACUCUUCAGCAUCGGCUCCUGCAUCGAAUGGUACCCCUUCAGUUACAACAUCGAGUUCUAACGCAAUGACGAGAACAGAAGGUGACGAGGAAUAUAAACCAGAUUUGAGAUGGCAAGUUCGAUUGCAGGAAUUGGAAUAUAAGUUGAAGGCGGAGAGGGAAGCGAGGAAAUUGGAUAGGAGUAGUGCGGCGCAGAGAUUGAGGGAGAAGGAUAGGGAGAAUAAGGAGUUGGUGGAGCAGAUGGAGAGGGGGAGGGUGAGGAAUGGGAGGUUUGGUAAUGGUAGUGGUGGUGGCGGUGGUGGUGGGGAGAAGAGUGGAUGA